CCAGCGGUGGAGCGCAGCUGGGAGGCAGGCAGGCAGGCAGGCAGGCGGGAUGGAGGCGGGGGAAGCAUCCCUGGCAGGCAAGAAGGGCUGGCUCUUUCCUGGUGGCAGCAGGCUUCCCCCCACUUGGAGAUGGGAAGCCCCUAGUCCUCUCGCAGCGCUCCCUUGAAGUUCCCAAACUCAAGAAAGUUGCCAAGGAGGAGACCCUGCUGGGAGAGGUAUUUCAGGUUUUUACAAUGAAAGAAAGCUGGGAAACCAAUAAAAGCUUUGAAAUCACUAAAACAUGAUGCCAUGAGAAGAGGCCAUGGCCAUUUGGAGAACUCAAGAGGACAACAUUUAGCCUCGAGAUGAGCCACAGACCAGCCUGAGGUUCCCCAUUCCUACUUUAGCAUCACUACGAUACUGCAAAAGAAAGGCUUUCGCUUUGCACCAAUUCCGGUUUUUGUACAAUAAAGCAAGAUGGGAAAUUUCAAAGGUCAUGCACUUCCUGGGAGUUUUUUCCUUCUUUUUGGCUUGUGGUGGUCUGUGAAAUAUCCACUGAAGUACCUUUGUCGAAGGAAAAAGAACACUUCGUCCAUUGGCUCCAAGGCAGGAUUUCAACGUUUAGAAUUAACUGAGGGCAUCAUCAAAGCUGCCUUUGCUCUCAUUGGUAUGGUAGCAGAGCAGUUUGUUCCUGAUGGACCUCAUUUGAAACUGUAUAAUUAUGAAAGGAACCAGUGGGAUCACCUAAUGAACUGGCAGCAUGCAACAAUGUAUCUUUUCUAUGGCAUCUCAGGGCUGGUAGACAUUGUUGCUCAUGGUACCAAUGCACUGCCAGUAGCCAUGGACAGAAUGAUGCUUUCACUUGCUGUUUUUGUAGAAGGUUUUCUCUUUUAUUAUCACAUCCAUGGGCGUGCUAUGCUGGAUCUCCAUGUUCAUCAUUUGCUUUUAGUGGCCAUCUUUGGGGCAGCAGUCUGUGUCUUCCUAGAAAUCUUCUUCCGUGGUAUCAUUGUGCUUGAGAUGUUUCGGACAAGUCUCUGCAUAUUGCAAGGGAGCUGGUUUUGGCAGAUUGGAUUUGUACUUUAUCCUCCAAGUGGGAGUCCAGAAUGGAACCAAAUGGAUCACAAUAAUAUAAUGUUCCUCACCAUGUGCUAUUGUUGGCAUUAUGCAUUUGCACUUCUAAUAAUGGCAGUGAAUUAUUCUAUAGUUAGCUGGGUAGUCCGUUCCAAAAUGAAACAAGCCCCAACCAUGGAAAUUGGAUUACUGAAAACAACUGAACGAGACCAGGAGUCAGAAGAUGAGCUCUAGUUUAAUAUUAAAUUUUCUCAUGGCUUACCGUCUGUUCCUUUUACUUCUAAUCUGUAAUGGUUUUGUUUACCAUAUCAUGUAGGUCUGUACAAUCUGUACAUCUAGGCAUUAAUUUAUGAGCCUUCCCUUAGUGCAUUGUUUAUUCUAUGCUUGAAGAAGGAAUAGAACAUUUUACUAUUGAACAGGCCAGGGGUGACAUUGACAAGUGAAAAUCAAUCCAAGCCAUUAAUAGAUGUCGGGUCUACUCUUUCAUUGCUCUUGGGUAAACUGGGAUUUUCCACACAUGGCAUUAAAAAACAAACACAACCCUGCUGUUGCAAAAGAAAAGAAAAGAAAAGGUUGUACACAUUCUAUCAUGAAAUAACUGACAAACUGUACAUAUCUAUUUUUAAGUAUGAAAAAAUUCAAACACCAAAGGUAUCUGUGUUACACAUUUAUAACGGUUUGCAUUUGCAAUUGUAUUAAUUUUUCUUACUAUUUUAAUCAUAAUCAUAAUUUAUUGUCAAGCUUGUUCUAACUGCACCAAAGCAUAUGAGAAGCCAGUGUAGAAGUAUUUAACAUUUGUACUCAGCAAAUAGUGAUAUCCCAGAAUUGUUGGAUAACUAUAGGUAUUACAUUGAACUAGAUAUUUACUUGCAGCUGAGUCAGUUUAUUGUAUUUUGUAUUUUUAGAUACUUACUUGUAUUUAAUUGCACUAUUGUUUUACUUCAAGAUAACUGUAUGAUAUCCAGAGAACCUGUUAUAAGUUUCUUAUAAACACAAACAUUUAUUAUUUUUUUAAAAAAUAGGCUCUACAUAAGGCUGCAGUAUAUUCAGGAUGACUUUGGCUCUGAUUCCAUUCAGUAUGUAAUUGAUUUGGGUUUGUGUUCAAAUCUAGCCAUGGAGUUUGCCCAAGCUCUGGAGAAGUAAUAAAGUCUCAGGUUAACCUGCCUCACAUAGUUGUUGUGAGAAUAAAAUAGCUAUUGCCCUAAACUUUUUGGAGAACAAAUGAGACACAAAUGUGUGGUAAAUCUUCUUUUCAACAGAUUAAUAGAAUUGCUAUUGAAUCCAAAGACAAAGUAUCUACACAGUGCCUUGAAUCCCAUUUCGGCAGAAAAGUGGGAUAUAAAUCCCUAAAUAAAUAAAUGUCAGGUAAAGGAGACCUGGCAUCAGAAAUGUUUUCUUGAAUCUAUAAUGAUCAUGGCUGAGAUACAUUUGAAGAGUUAAUAGUCAGGUUUCUGAAGGUAGAUACCCAUUUCUGCAUUUAAAAAAUUAAAAGAAUGGGGUAGGGGGAGAGAAAAAGCAUCACCAAAAAAGUAGAGGGCAUAGAUUUGCAUAAAAUCCCAUAAACCAAUUUAUAUAGAGAUGGGCAAUUGGCCAGUAUUCUGCAUCAGCUGUUUAAUUAACAUGGCAUUUCUUGUUAAGUAUCAUCAGCUACUUAGUUAACAUGGCAUCUCCUGUUAAGCAGCACCAGCUACUUAGUUAACAUGGCAAAGCCUCUUCCAAAACCAACAGAAACAUCAUUCACCAGUGCUGUGAUCACUGGCAUAAUGGACCCCUUUCUUCCCAUGCAAUAAAGGUGUGGGAGAGAGAUAUGGUUGUGGCAGUAGUGCCACAAUUGUGACUAAUUGGCUAUCAGGAAUAUGGAACAGUUACCCAGAUUUACUCAUCUGUAAUUUCAAUAUUUGCAAUCACUAUUUAGUCAUGACUGUGACACUAUUGCCCUGAAUGUAAGCCACCUUCCACCUUCUUUACCACCAUCUUCAUGAGAGAAAGGUCCAUUCUGCCAGUGAUUAGAGAAUGGAUAAUAAUGUUUCCUUCACAUUUCGAGCCAAGAGAGGUUAGCUGAUGUAGAACACUGGUCAUAAUUUCUAGAUUUCCAAAUUAAUUAAAAGUACAACACAUCUUUCUAUAGUGGGGAAGACUUAUGCCCCAUCUUCUGUGUACCUUUGAAGUUUGUUGUCCAGGUGCUAACUGUUAAUGGGCAACUUCAAGGUCUCUGCUCUCCCUUCUGCCAGAUCUUGGCCAUGUUCCUUUAACCAGAAUACCCUUCAAAGAUGGUCCUUUAGAUGGAAGAAUGUCCUUUAUGACUUAGGACACAUAUCUAUCUAUCUGAAGGGCAGGAGAUGUAUAUACUGUACUUGACAUAUCUGUGAUUACUGUUUCUCAUAUACAGUACUAAAAGCAAUUAGUGUGGAUAGCAGUGAGUAGUGUUGGGGAGGUAAAGUAGUUCCUGCUCGCUGCAAUGCUAAAUCCUGAAAAUAACUGCUUCCUUUGCUUUGAAUUUGGCAUUAGAAUCAUACUUCUGCUUAUUGGGAAGCACCAUUUGGAAGUGUUCAUAUUUGUUAGUAUGAAACUAUACUCAGGAACGACCGUAUUGUGUGCCUUUAGCUUUAAUGUCACUAAGUGUAUUCUCAGGUAAGAAUAUCUGGUUUGGAAUAUGAGAUGGCAAGGAUGUUAGCAAACUUCACAAGAUGUACAGCAUGCAAGUUUUCUUCAGGAGUUUUAGCUUUGUAAAUCUCUUCCACUAUUAGAUGCAUGCUGAAUAUCAAAAGGUCAUAUUCAUUGCUAUUUAAUUGCAUUUUCCAUGCACUUAGAAGUCUCAUUAUAAUAAUAAAAAAACUCCUCAUCCACAAAUCAAUCAAAGAAGCUUUGGAUUGGUUCAACUAUUUUUAAAUGAUGGAAGUUAUUUGCUUUUAAAGGCACUCAUUAUAUUGCUGUAUGUGGAAAUAAAAUAAUUCCAGUUCACUUUCAGACAA